AUAACCAAAUGAUAAGUUUUGUUUCAAGAAACAUAUCGAGUUUGUUAAUUUUUAAAAAAUUUUAAUACUUGAGUGUUUUACCAAAAGAUGCGCGUGUAUAAGAAUUAAAAAAAACAAAACAACAACAACGCAUAUUUGGUACAUAGGAGUAAAGUUAAAAUGGAGGAAGAUGAAGAUAUUCCGAUUGAAUUGACAAUUGAUCAUCAAAUGUUAAUUAAAAUAGAAAUGGAAUUGCAAGACCUUUUAUUUAAGAUUGAAAAUGAAUAUACCACAGUUGAUAGUUUUGAUGAAGCUAUUAACAAAGUACGGCAUAAAAUUGCUGCAUUUAAAGUUGCUUUUGCAAAGUUUGAACAAGCUGCUCUUGAGUUUAAUGAUAUCAUUAACUUUGAAAAAAAAAUUUUACCUAUCGUAAAUGGACACCAGUCAUUUUUAUUAUCACUUCAAAAAUGUUUUCAAAAGUCUUCUAUAAGUGGUCAAAAUCGAAUAAUGAGUAUUACAAAAACAGAGUUGUUAGGGAAUACACAAGAAACUUAUUUAAAGCAAAGGAAGAAAAGCGGAAAAGCAGAAUCUGUAAAGACCUCUACUGAUAUCACUGAAAAUCUUUUGAAUAUAGCACGGAUCAUGGACAGCCAGAUAAAACAAGGAGAAGCAACAAAUGCUGCUCUUAGCAAUUCUUCUACAAUGAUUGUAGAAACACACGAAGAGUUUAAAGGACUUACUGGCAUUGUGAAUAUGUCCCACAAACUUUUAAAUAAGUAUACUCGUCGUGAAAUGACUGAUACAUUAUUGAUAUUUUUUGGUUUAGUAUUAUUUUUUGCAACAGUUUUGUAUGUUAUUUCUAAAAGACUUUGAUA